AUGUUUUUAUUGAUCAAGAGAUACUUUGUGAAGCGAAAGAAAACAAAGUGUGAUUAUAAUGUUAAGGAGAAUUUCUUUAUUUACUUGUGUGAACAUAAAGAUAUAGAAAUAUAUUCCCCAAAGGAAUAUAAAUGUUAUCUAAAACAAGACAGUUUACGCCUUCCGUGCUGCGCCAUCCCCAUUUUUUUUUCAUAUAAGAAUCGAUACAAUUCUCAAUUUCCUGUUAUCCCUCCUCUUCCUCCUGGUUUCCUUUCGGUGGUCCUUGGUUUCCGACACGUGUUUUCUUGUGCAUGUUUUUUUUCUGUCUUCUAUGCCCAGCGUCCAUUCCACUGUAGCUACGGAGAGGUCCUUCACGUCAAGUUCAUGUACCAGUGUCCAGUGUCCAGUGCCGUUUUGCUUUUAAGCACAAGUACUUUUUUAAACCCUACGCAGUUAUCUGCUAGUGUCCAGUGUCCCGUCCCGUCUUGCUUUUUAGCACAACUGUUAACCACCAUUCUUUUGAUGGUGCCUUCAUACCAUGUAUGGUCCACUGAGUGUGUUCAAAGUAUGCUUAUGGAGAGGUGUACCGAGAACCAGCUCAGUAUUUUACACCCUUCGCAGUUAACAGCUAGGACGUUGGAUAUUGGCUCUCCAGAUUUUGUCCUUUGGGGCAUGUCAAGAUUGUCACAGAAAGGUGCAAAACUGGACAUGAGGGACGAACCCGAAGCAAAGUUAAGGUGCCUAAGUAAAUGCUAUGCUGUUCACUUGGGUGUCUCAGACACCUGUCCCGAGCAGUUUGGCAUUAAAGCAUUUCACCGAUACUUUGCCGUCAUGGUAAAUUUGAUGCCAUGCCGAGUAGGCAGGAAUGAGGGUUGUUGA